AUAGAAACUACAGAAGAAGUCCACCAAUUGAGAAGAAAUCGUCCCGUUUCACUAUGUUAGAGAUCGUGGUGAUGCAUAGAAAUAUUAAUAACAUAAUUUGAUCCUUUUUACUGAUGCGUUGUGUCUGAUCUUGGAUAUUCAAAAAGGCUAUCAUGCUACUGGCUCAGAUAAACCAGGCAGCUGAUUUUCAGCAAGAUGCUCAGGAGGUCACUUUCUGCUUAACCGAGGCUUUGGGGAUUUCAGAUGGCGAUCAGAGCGUGGACACUGUCAGUUUGCAGGCCAUAACUUUAGCAGAUGGCUCCACUGCAUAUAUACCUCACAACCCCCAAGACAGCAGUAUAAUUGAAGGGCAGGUCAUCCAGUUGGAAGAUGGGUCAUCUGCUUAUGUUCAACACAUUGCUGUUCCCAAAGCAGAUGAGCCAAAUAACUGGACGGCCUCUCCUGUAUGUGAUGUCAUUGGUAACGAGAGUUUAAGACUAGAGGAUGGUCAGACUGUGCAGCUGGAGGAUGGAACUACUGCUUACAUCCACCACACUGCAAAAGAGGCAUAUGAACCCAGUACUCUGCAGGCAGUGCAAUUGGAAGACGGUUCUACCGCAUACAUUCAUCACGCUGUUCAGAUGUCACAGCCCAACACCAUCCUGGCCAUCCAGACAGAUGGCACAGAUCUGCAGACAGAUGCAGCCAUUGACCAAGAAACAAUCAAUGCUUUGGAGCAGUACACGACCAAGAUUGAGGAAAUUGAAUACACAAACUCAAUCACAAAUGAUCCUCAAAGUUUUGUGGAGAUGCAGAUUGUUCUUCAGGGUCAAGGAAUACGGCGUAAUACGCAGCAGACGGGGGAGAAAGUUUUUCAGUGUAACUAUGAUGGAUGUGGAAAGCUUUACACCACAGCAAAUCAUCUUAAGGUACAUGAAAGAGCACAUACGGGUGACAAGCCAUACUUGUGUGAACUACCUGGAUGUGGAAAAAAGUUUACAACAGGUUAUGGUUUGAAAAGUCAUAUCAGGACCCACACUGGAGAAAAACCUUACUGCUGUCAAGAGAUGAACUGCAAAAAAUCUUUCAAGACCUCAGGGGACCUUCAGAAGCACAUGAGAAUUCACACGGGAGAGAAGCCAUUUUUGUGCCCUGUUCCGGGCUGUGGACGAUCCUUCACUACCUCAAACAUCUGUAAGGUGCAUGUUCGCACACAUACGGGCGAGAAGCCAUAUCAUUGCCCAGAGCUAGGCUGCGAUCGGUCCUUUGCCAGUGCAACUAAUUACAAGAAUCACAUACGGAUUCAUACAGGAGAGAGACCGUAUAUAUGCACAGUCCCUGGUUGUGACAAGCGAUUCACCGAGUACUCGAGUCUGUAUAAACAUAAUGUAGUGCACACUCCCUGUAAACCCUACAAGUGCAACCACUGUGGGAAGUCCUACAAGCAGAUUUCCACGCUGGUCAUGCACAAACGUACUGCACACAAUGACUCUGAGCCUUUAGAAGAGGAGUCAGAGGGCUAUUUUGAACCACCUUCAGAGGCCGUAGAUGACCCCUCCAUGGAUGUUUGCCCGGUGAAGUGUGAGGACACGUGCCCGGAAAUGAGUACCGGAAUCUCUGAUGUCACAGGUCAACAACAUGUAACGCUCAUUACGCAAGAUGGAACAACACAGGCUAUUGGAAAUACAAUCACAAUGGUAACACAAGAUGGCAGUAUGAUCACCAUCCCACCUACUGAGUCUUUUCUGUCAGGGGAGGCCCAUUCAGUCACCAUGGUUUCGGAGGACGGCACAGAAGGACAAAUGACCAUUAUGAUGCCAGAAUUAGCGUCUUCCAGUAUGCAAGAGGCGUUAUCAUCACACCCAGUUACACUUCUGGCUACUUCUAAUGGCACACAGAUUGCUGUUCAGCUCAAUGAGCAAACUUCAUUGGAAGAGGCUCUGAGAAUAGCAUCAUCUUUACAUGGAGGAGAAACAACAGUACUGGACAAUUGACCACCUACACCUUCAGAUGGGACUCAGUAUUCAAUUAGACAAGUGAUUACACAAACAUAAGUUUUUGUAAUUACCAUUUUGCCACAAUUGCACUGAGGUUAAACUAUGUACUAUGAUAACGUUUCUUAUAGAUUUUAUUCACGUUGUUCUAGAUAUGUUAAAGGUAGAAACCUGUUUGAAUUUUUUAAAUAAAAAAAGACAUGAGCUGGA